GAAUUCCACAGGAUUCCCAGCCUUGGCUUAGAGCAAAUUCACACAAUAAGUGUAUGGGGGGGGGACUGCAGCCACCUCCCGUACCAGGUGGCGCACUGUGCCUAGAUGAUGGUGCACCUGAAGCCCAGCACGUAGCCCAUGCCACCACCCACGCAGGCCCUCAGUCCGCACACUGUCACCGCCCAUCACCACCUCCAUCAGCACCACCACCACCGGCUCCACGCCAGGCUGCACAGUCAUCAGGAGCUGUUUUUAAACAACGAAUUCUACACACCAGCAUGCAGAUGGAUAUAGCUGCCCUGUCUAAUACAAGGUCCAUGAAAUGCAAAUGGAUCCAAUGAUGCAACAAGGGAGAUAAUGGGACAUCCCAGUGCAAGACUUUGUACAUGUGGAGCAAAUGAAGUGGAAGAUCUGAUCCACUAUUUACUGGAAUG